AUGUCUUCCUCCGUCAUUCCCACUUCCACCUCUGUCGUCGAGAGCGCCGUCAUCAAGGCUCCUCUCAGCCAUGUCUGGCACUUCAUCAAGCUCCAGAACUUCCAGAACUUCUGGUCUGCUCUGAAGGGCAGUGAGUUCGUCAAGGCUCAGGAGGAGACCGACAUCGUCAGAUGGACUUUCCAGGACGGCACCGUCCUCGAGGUCAAGCAGGAGGAGCACAGCACCAUCAACCACUACAUCACCUACAGCGUCAUCACCUCCCAGCCUGAGCUGUCUUACACCUCUGUCGUCAGCACCAUCCGCUGCUACCCCGUCACCUCCGGUGAGAACGAGAACAGCACCUUCGUUGAGUGGACCGGCAACUUCUCCAGCGAUGCCGAUGCUGGUGUCAUCCAGGACGCCAAGUUCAAGCGCCGUGAGGCCCUUGCCGACCUGGCCAAGGCUGCUGCCAAGUUGUAA